ACCUGCACUGCCCACACGCAAACUUGAAGCGGAAGGCGAAGGAGCGCAGUCACUCCCCAAACCUGCUCCGCCCCCUGACAGUCUGAUAUCUGUUGUAGGCUCAGUGCCUGAGGUGCCACAGGCCCUAACGUGACAUGCACCGGGGCAAUGUUCUGGCCCUGUGAAGGGUUUAUGCAGGGACGGAGGGUUUUCUCGCCGUCCCUACAGGUUGGCGAGGGCGGGUUUGGGAUCGUCUAUAGAGCCACCCUAAGGAACACGACCUGCGCCGUUAAGAGACUCAAACAGGACUCUCCACUGGACUGGAGUUUGCUGAAGGAGAGCUUUAAGACCGAGGUGGAGAAACUUUCCAGGUUCAGACAUCCAAACAUUGUGGUUGUUGGUUUCACUGAAGGAGGAGGAUCGUUCUGUUUGAUCUACAGCUACAUGGAGAACAGAUCACUGGAAGACCAGCUGCAGCAAGACAGAGGCACCCUCUCCUGGUGGCAGAGAGUCAAUGUAGUUAAAGGAGCGUCUGCAGCGCUGCAGUUCCUGCACUUUGGCAACACACCAUUGAUCCACGGAGAUGUCAAAAGCUCAAACAUCCUGUUGGACCACCACCUAGAGGCCAAGUUAGCAGAUUUUGGUCUGGCUCAGUUCGCACGUGUCUCAUCUGGAUGCACAGCGGUUCAGACGACGACGAUGAAGACAGCCACAAUCAGAGGAACGCUGGCGUACCUUCCAGAUGAAUACAUAAGGAACGGGCAGCUGGGACGCCCUGUGGAUGUCUACAGCUUUGGAGUGGUGUUGUUGGAGGUCCUGACUGGUCGUCGAGCUCUGGAGAAAGAUGUGAAGCUCAGAGAGAAGUACCUGAAAGAUUUGGUGGAAGAGGUUCAGGAGAGUCCGAGCGGUUCCUGUGCUGCCACCUGGAGGACACACCUGGACCGUCGGCUGCUUUCAGGGGGCGCUGCAGAGCCCACUGGGUGCAUGGAGGUGGUUGCUCUGGCCUGCAGGUGUCUCAACGCCAAGAGAAAGAACAGACCAGCAAUGAAAGAGGUGUUUGAUAAACUCAAGGACGUAUACAGUGUUGCCAUGGGACUUGUUGGCCCCUUCUCAUCCCUCCAGAACCCUUCACAUCAAGCUCAUUCCUUCCCCAGACCCCCCUGCUCCCUGGAGUCCACUGUGGGAGCUCUGGCCCAGCAGAUGUCCACACUGGGACCUGUGGAGGCCACGUAUGACCGCCUGUCUUCCUCCUCAUCCUCCUUAUCCUCCUGCUGCCUCACACCUCCUCAUCCCCUCCACUCUUCUUCCUCCUCUUCUUCGUCAGUCCAGUCUUCUUCCUCUUCUUCAUUGGCUGGUCCGUGUGAAACUGAUGAGAGUCAAGGAUUCUCCCAGUACCAAGUUCGCACCCCGUUAUCAGGAUUAUCUGGAGCCCAGUGCAAAUCGAAUGGUACGCUCUGCUCUCACAGUCCUAGCGGGCCUACGGAGCCCCCGUUCAGACAACCGUCUGUUCCCACUGAGGACCAGUAUAACUUUCCUCCCCAGCACAGUAACAGGUGUGGUACAUUCCAGGCCACGAGCAGUGCACCCUCUGCUGGACAGAUUGGUCUGAACGUGCUCACAGCUUCUCUGACCCACGCUCGCAAUGGAGCUGUUUCAAGUUUGGACACUAGAGGGCAGAUCGCAGCAGGGGCCACAGCUGAUAACUACAGUAUCCCGGCAUGCCUCUCUCCUGCUGAGUCACUACAGUCUUCCUGUGGACCACCAGUGCACGUGAACUCCAGUAAACAACGUUUGCUGUUGAAGAAGACUUUGUACGAGGAGGGGCGGAUUCAAACCCCUGAGCUCUUGUCCUCUAAUGAUCUCUAUGUGAGAGGACCAGAAGAGAGUGACGAGCUGGACUUCCGUCCUGCCAAACCCACCUGAGCUGAUCCUCCACAUGCAUCAGGCCGUUUGGACUGAAGAUGAGACCAAAGUUUUGCUGUCUGACACACAGCGCCCCCAGGUGGCAAUCUUCUUGCCUUGCAGUGUUUUUUUUAAAUGCACAGUUUGUGAGCUCCAGAGGAACAUUGAGACUCUGUGCUGGUGAAAACACGCCUCAGUGUUCCUGCUUCCUGAAGGGUUUGUGCAGAAAGUCUGAUUUUUGUAGAAUCCAUUAACUGUCUCCAGCUGAGCCUUACAGUGUUGAUGCUCUGUGAAAAAGGGUCACAAUGCAUCGUGCCACAAACUCAUGAGAACUUAACAUCUACACCUCGAAAAACAGACCUGAAUGACAAAAUACACUCAGUAUUUCUACCAUUAAUCACUUAAUACAUUAGAUGACAUCACUGGCAAAAACAAACAAAACAAAAAUAAAAACUCCAUGAUGAUAAAUGAGAUGAAUUCAAAGAACUUGUUUUUAGAAAAUGGUCCUUUUUAAUUUGUUCAGUUUUUGACAUCUGGACCAAACCAUUUUUUUUUUUAUUUUUUUUUUUCACAGAUAUGCUUAUUUUAAAUAUUUUCUUAAACGCUAUUUUGAAUCAUUUUUUAAAAAGCAGUUGUUACCUGGUUUUAAAAUCCAUUGCAUAAAAAGUUUCUUUUUUUUAAUAACAUUUGUAAAGCACGUUAUCUCUAGUUUAACCUGAUUAAAGCUCAUUUAAGAGUUUUUGUGUCAUGUAAAGCCUGUUAACCCCCAAAACAUGAAUCUGCUGCAAUUCUUGAGUUAUCCACAAAUGAUUAAUGAAAAUUUACGCAAACCAUGAAUAUGCACAAAACAUGAAUAAUUUUUCUGCAAACCGUGAAUAAAAUAUUCCACAAAACCUGAACACAGGUCUCACAAAAUGUAAGUUGCAAAACGUGAAUAUCAUUCAUGAUAUAUUAUUUAUUUAUUUAUAUAUAUAUAUAUAUAUAUAUAUAUACACUCAGAAUCCCACAGAUGGUCGCUUCCCACUGUUGACCUCCUCAGACAAGCACAGAGACCAAAUUCUGAAGAAAGUCACAUUUUGCAAGAGAUAUGUUUACGUUUUUGUAAAUAUUUUUCAGUAUUCACCAUUUGUGGAUAUUUCACGAUUUGCAGAUGAUUAAUGUUUUGGGGGUUAACAAGCCAGUGAAAAUAAGGUCUUUUUGUAGCUGAGAAUGCACCCAUCUGGAUUUUUCUCCUGACAACACACAAACUCUGUUCAUCAGAUAAAACAGAGUUAGCAGGUACGCCAGUGGGUGACAUCGUCAGUGCGGUUUUCCUUAGUCCUGCUUUGUCACAUGUCCAAUGGUGCUUGAACAUACGUAUGUCACCUCUCAGCCUUUUACACUUUAUUUGAUGAUGUUAAACUGUUAAAUUUCUAAGAUGAUGCUCUUUAAGGAGUUACUCCUGCACAGGCUGGAGGUCCAGUGGUGCCGGUGCUGAUCUCUGGAGUCAUGUUCUGAAACGGAUGAGGCUCUAUGGUUCCCCCUGGCUGAGACUCCAGGCCAUCACCAAGGGAAAUUUCAGCUAUAGGUUGUCAGAAGGCACAUGGGAGAAUCCAGCAUAGAUUUGAACUGUUUUGCGUGAAAAUCCUUCCCUGUUCCACCAUGGACACAUGUGACGUUUAACGUUUAUUUAAUGGGUCCGCAUUCCAUGAUUUUGUCUUGUCAUUAUUUUGUUUUUUAUUUAAGCUCUCAUAUUGUAGGAAUUUUUUUCACUAUGUUUAAAAUGUGUCGUGGAUGACUGAUGAUGUCACAAAUGCCAAAUACAAUGUUUAAAAGAG